AUGGCAUCUCGUGGCACUGAUGAGAACGAGGGCCCUGGCGAUGUUCGCCGCACUCAUUCACCUGCGACUGGUCCCGUGGCCCAGGAUCCCCUCGAUGACUCUGGCUCUGACUCUGAGCUCGGCGAGUUGCCCAGUGAUGAAGAAGAGGAGGACCUCUUUGGUUUUGGAUCUCCGUCGGAUGAGCUCAACGAUUUUCCCGAGGACACAGAAGAGGACCUCUUUGGCCAUCCAGAGGGCGCCGAUGACCAAGAACUCACCGAGUCGCCUGAGGAUACCGAAGAGGACCUGUCUGACUACCCUGAGGAUGACGCCGAAGACCAACCCACUCGCGAGUAUUACGAGCCUCUGCCCGCCCGCUUGGCUCGCGAGCACGACCGUUACCGUGUCAGAAAGAAGAUUGUCCACAGCCCUGAGGACAAGCCCACAAUGAAGUCAGUCCAGGGUUUUGAUGGCGCUUACGACAUGGAGCCUUCCGACAACUCUCAAGACCCGGCUGCGACCCCGAACAAGCCGGCUCAUCAUGCUGUGGAAACUCCGCGUACGGUCAAGGCUCUCCGUAUCUCUGACGGAGCCCAUGAUGGAAAGGGCACUGGUGCGAAGAAGUCGGGUUCCGGUGUUGCCAAGGCCCUUGAUUUCAAUCCCAGCCCCAAGUACUACCUGGGUCUCGGCAAAAAGAUGAAGGGUGACGCUAGCCCUGGGGUCGACUCUGCUAUGGCCAUCGACAAGCCCGACGUCGAGCGCGGCCCCUCGACUCCCCCUCUUGACCUCCGCUACGAUGAGGAGGGCCACGUCCACCCGACUCCUGGUCGCCCUCGCAGCGUCAAGACAGCUCCCACGGUCAUGUUCGCCGACACCGACGUCGAGGAUAACUCGCCCUCCACUCGUCGUCAGAAGAAUCGCGUCCGCAUCGCAUCAGCCUCGAAGUCCGUCCCGCUGGAGCGUCCCUCGGUUCAACCCGCUGGCCCUCGACCCCUUGGUCUCGAACCUGAGUAUUACGAGCCCAUCAACGCUGGUGUCCCAGCUACCCCGACCAAAACCCAUCACAUGGCGAACAUGAGAGACAUCAUGAACAAGUAUGCUCUCGAAAACGACGAGAAGGUGGACGAUGCGGUCACCGAGGAUGGCGAGGAUAGCGAGGAUAAUGAGGAUAACGAGGAUAACGGGGGUGACGAGCUGACGCCCAAGGCCUCUAUCCUCAACAGCAACAUGGAUAUUGAUGUGGAUUAG